UGAAAAUUUGCACGCAAUUUGCGCGUUUCUUAAACGCAGAGUAAUUAUAGUGUUUUAGGAUUAAAAUGGCCAGCGCUGCUCCAGAAGGUGGUGCUCAAAGCAUCGAUAACAUUAAAUUGGAGUCGCUGUCGCUAAGCGAGGGCAUCCGCGAUGCACCGGUCUGUAUUAUUGUGCUCGGCAUGGCCGGCUCCGGCAAAACUACAUUCACGCGCAGCCUCAUCGAGCACGCGCAAACACAAUUCAAUCCGUAUGUGGUUAAUCUGGAUCCGGCCUGUCGUGAGGUGCCGUAUGCGGCGCACAUUGACAUCCGCGACACGGUCAACUACAAGGAGGUGAUGAAGCAAUACCAGCUUGGACCAAAUGGGGGCAUUGUGACAGCCCUGAAUAUGUUCACCACGAAGAUGCCAAAAUUUGUGGAGCUGAUCAGACGCGCCGGCGAGCGUGGGCACAAAUGGUGCAUCAUCGAUACACCCGGCCAAAUUGAGGUCUUCACUUGGUCGGCGUCGGGCAACAUCAUCACCGAGGGCUUGGCCACCAUGUUUCCCACCAUAAUUGUCUAUGUGAUGGAUGUGGUGCGCUCUGCUUGCCCCACAACCUUCAUGUCGAACAUGCUCUAUGCCUGCUCCAUAUUGUACAAGACACGCUUACCCUUUCUGGUGGCGCUCAACAAGAUUGAUUUGAAGGACUGCAGCUUUGUGCAGGAGUGGAUGACUGAUUUCGAGGCGUAUCAGGAAGCCUUGGAGAGUGAGACCAGUUUCGUAAACAACUUGACGCGCACCAUGUCCCUCACUCUGGACACGUUCUAUGAGAACCUCACCACUUGCGGCGUUUCGUCCACAACUGGCGUGGGUUUCUCCCAGCUGCUGAAGCACUUGCUCGAUUCUGUGAAUGAAUAUGAGCGCGACUACAAGCCCGUAUACGAGAAAAUGCGUCUGCAACGUCUGGCUCAGGAGCAGGAAGCAGCUCCAGCCUUGGACCCGAAAAUCCAAUCUGAGGGUGUGGCAUUGCCUCUAGGUCUGGACCUUAGUGACGCGCCUCAUAAUACUGGUAGUAACGUUUUUCUUGUGGGAGCUGACAUGAAGCCCGAGCCAAUGGAGCCGGAUGAGCAGGAGAGUGAUGUGAAACGUGAUACGGAGGAUCAAAAUUUUCAUCGUUUUGUUCAAAAUCAUGUGACGGCUACGCAAACGAAACAUGUGAAGCUGCAACAGGAGGCGGAAAAGGCAGCCCAGACCUAGUAUUAAAGUCUAUUAAAUUUUAUAUAUACAUAUGUUAUUUAGAUGCCAGAAUCUAUUAAUACUAAUAAUAAUAUAGUUUUAUAUGAA